AUGAGUGAUCAGAAAGUUUGCCCGAACACUGAAUAUCGACAGAAUUAUACCUGGGGCAACGUUCCGCAUGGUAAUCGCAAUCACUCUCACGCACCACCAAAAUUGGCUAACGCGAGGUACGGUUCCUCGUUUGAUUGGCCUAAAAAGGGCAAUGAAGUUGAAUACAUGAAUAUCGAGCCACCGAUUGUGGCCGCGAGAGUGGAUGCCGUCGACUCGACGCCUAAGAUUCACGAGAAGAUCCUCAGGAAUACUGAAUAUACGGCAAACUUUGAGCCGUUUUCCGCGUACGUCUAUAUUAUGGGCAAUGGAUUUAAAAAACCCAAGAAUUUGGAUGCACUCAAAGACGCGACCAAAGCCUUGAACUGGUACUCGGAAUGCGAGGCGAGGUCCAGACAGGCUAACCAUUAUAAGACCCGAUCGGAACAA